AUGGCGACAAUUGCCCUUCCGAGGCCGAUUCUCCCGCAUCGUCCAACAUCGACGGUGAGCGCCGUUCCCUCUAUAUCGCUCGAGCCCAUCGGCACCGCCCAAGUUCCCCUCCCCAACAAGCACCUCCCCGUCUGUCCACCGGGGCCCGUUCCUGCAGAGGAGCCCAACACUCCGCCGCCGUCUCCUCCCCACGACGACGAACCGGCUCAGCAGUCCUCGCUGUUGUACCCGCCCUCAAAGUUCUCCAGGUACGAAUCUGGACCCGUUGCCGUUUACACAAUCCGCCCCGCCGACGUUGCUGCUGCCCUGGAUUACAUCUCCCGCCAGCCGUUGCCGGACCCAAAUCAAGUCUUCCCCUGGUUCCACGGGCUCCACCCCCAUAACCAUAUCCAACAAGCUUUCUUUAUCGCCCGCCACCGUUCUCUCCGGAAGACGCCCGCCUGCGUUCGAGGGGUCACGCUCGUCAAGGCCGACGGCGAUCUGAGUGUUGCCCGUCUCAAGGGUGCCAUCGCCCCGCAGGAGUUCAUUCAUCUGACCGCGGCCCCCGAGUUCCUCGAUGUUGACCCCCGCGAUGGCUUUUGCGUCAGGAACUUCCAGAUUCAGGCUGCCAAGGCCGCCAUGAUCUCGGAUAUCGUCGUCUAUGGGGAGGAAGACGAGGCUGUUCGCAAACUCGGUCUCGAUAUUGCCACGGCACAGCUUCGCUGGCGACAACGGCACGAGACGCAAGGCCACACCAUCCCGGAAUACAACACCUUUCUGUGCGUGGCCCCGUUUGAGCAUUUCGAAAAAGACCACAACGAGAUUGUGGCCGUUGAUGCCCAAGGCCGACUUACCGGCAACGUCCUCGACUUCUUCCACCAGGAGCGCAAGGAAAUGUGCAACAUGACCAAGGCCUCGGAAAUAUCCCACAAUGUUUGGCUGGGCCCGACACCGGACCCCGCAUCCGGCGAGGAAGACCAGUUCGACGUCCUCAUCGAAUGCAGCGACGUUGGCCGGCUGAACCCGUCCACGCUGCGCGCUUUGGCAGUGUCGAGAGUCGAACCUGCUCAACGACCAUACAUUGACUUCCCCUCAUCUGGGAGCAUCCUGCCGCCAACAUGGUCACAGGCCGAAGCCGAUAGUAUCCUGGAAACUUGCAAGUGGAUUUACCAUUUAGCCCACGGUACGCUUCCGGUGACAAGCGGACCCGGCAUCGACGUAGAUGGCGACACCGACAUGGAUGAGCAGGGCGGCUCAUCUCUCGUGAACCUACGACCAAGGAAGAUUCUCAUUCACUGCGCCGACGGAUACACAGAGUCCACCAUGCUCGGAAUCGCCUAUUUCAGCUACAGCACUGGGCAGGGCAUCGCUGAUGCCUGGCUUCACUUACACACUAGCAAGAAGCGCAACUUUUUUGCCUACCCUACUGACGUAGCUCUUCUCACGUGUAUCGAGGCCCGCCUGCUUCAUGAGUCGCCCCUUCACUCGGGAAAGGGCCUUCGUGAAAUCACGGCUUUGAUCAAGGAGCCGUCGUGGCUGCCCGGCUUGGACGGCUCCUUGCCCAGUCGGGUUCUUGAUUACAUGUACCUCGGCAACCUUGGUCAUGCAAAUAACCCCGACCUCCUGAGGGCCCUGGGAAUUCGUCAGAUCCUCAGUGUUGGUGAGACCUCGAUGUGGAGGGAAGGCGACUUGGAACAAUGGGGCCCGGAAAACGUCUGCGUUGUCCAAGGCGUACAAGAUAAUGGCAUCGACCCCCUGACAGACGAGUUUGAGCGAUGCCUCGACUUCAUCGAUCGUGGCCGGCAGAAUGGUACAGCCACGCUGGUGCACUGCCGAGUCGGCGUAUCGCGGAGUGCAACCAUAUGUAUUGCCGAGGUGAUGCGGUCGCAAUGCCUCUCGUUCCCUAGGGCGUACUGUUUCGUCCGAGCCCGCAGGCUCAACGUCAUCAUCCAACCUCACCUGCGCUUCGCCUAUGAGCUUCUCAAGUGGGAAGAGCUAAACCAGGUGAAGAAGAACGGCCCGGCGGGCAUCAAGCGGGAGCUUGAAUGGGGUGAGAUCACUCGCGAGAUCGCGCUCAUGAAUCGUCCGUACGCUAGAUGA